AAAAUGGCAACCGCCCAACGGCAACCUCGUCACGUUUGUAUCCUCCCCGCUUCAACGCGUGCCUUUCACACUGUGGUGGCGUCAAGUCACAGGCAAAACUGAAAAUGUACUCAUGCGCUAUCUGCGGAUGGAAGAUUUAUGAUCAAGAGGGGUCCAUUUCAUGGAUGAAUCAGUUUCGUGGCUUGUACUCAUGCCCGGAAGGUAUCUUUUUAACUGGAGUCGGUCUUUGCACCGGCCCGGGCCGCGGACCCUUCAUCGCCCCGUCAGAUCCCAACGCGCGGUUUGAUGACCCCGGCUAUGGCCAUCCCGAUGAAGACGAGUUCGCGGUAAUGAAACGAUGGGAUAUAAACGGCAGGCGUGGCUUCAUCUUUCACGACUCCUGCUGGUCCCUUUUAGAGCAAGCGUUCCAUCCUACGCCAGUUCCCCACGCGAGACUGUUUGGAGUCUGCGACUCACUCCCACUAGGCAUGGGUGGAGAUAGCAUCCACUGGGGUCACGACUAUGGGGGGCUUGCUCUCAUCAGGGAGGAGCAUUUCUUUCCCUGGGAAGGGCGGUUCACAGACCGGGCGUUCCUAAACGGCUGGUCUGACAUCCCCUACACCGCCGAUCCCCUUGCUGUGUCCGAAGUCGACAAGAUUCUGACCGAAAGUCCCCGAGAGCCUUCUGAGAAUCCAUUCUCGUUUACCGCCUCGGCGUCGUCAUCCGGAAAAGACCCAUUUAUCGCGCUUCCUGUAGAGUUGCGCUCAGCCAUCGCGGCGUAUCUACCGACUCCGGACGUUCUGAACGCUCGGCAUGCGUCGAAGUCGUUUUGGUCCGUGUUUCAUAGCCAGCAGUUUUGGGCGUCGCGGUUCAGGGGACGUUUGGAUCGCUCGUGGCUGUUCGAAGUUCGGCAUCAUAGGACCGCUAGCAUGGACUGGCGUCGGCUACACCAUCGCACGACGGAUAGUCACAUCGGACAGGGGCUCCAAAACAGGAAACGAAUCUGGGCCCUCAUUCAACAUCUUGCGGAUAUCUUGGAGCUGAAGUGGAAUGAGUUCUCUUCUGAGCCCCUCCUCGAGGAGACCAGAGUUUGGGUCCUCGCGGCGGGGAGUAUGCCGAGGCAACUAGCCGAGGGCUUCUGCCAUUCCAAGGAGGGUUUAUCGGCAUCGACUAUCCGGGCCGGCAACUGGGAGUAUCUUGCGGGAAUAUCGCUGAGCACUGCCUCUGGGGAAGUCCUACGGCUAGGUUACAACAGCGGUCAAUGGCGUUCUGUGCAGCUUGCCGGGUUGGCAGGCUUCAAUCUGGCAGUUGGAUCAGGCGGUAUCCACGCUCUGCAGUGCAUUGAUGGCCGGAGCGGGAAGCCAUCGGCUUGGCUCGGGUGUCCCAAUGAUGCGCCCAAGACUCAACGGCUCGCGCUAGGGUACCCGAUCACGGCACUGGACGUUGGUUUUGAUGCCUUCAGAAUAGUCAGUAUUGCUGUGGCCCGAAAGACGGAUACGACGCGACCGGAUGGACAAGACACACUAAGGUGCUCCGCGAUAUGGUAUCCUGACGUGCCGCCGCCGGCCCUUGACCUGAAUGAAGACUUCUUCGUAUCAGUUAAAUGGUACGCCUGGGGAUAUAGGCCACUCUUUUGGACUUAUUUUGGGGGUCCCGGUGGGAUCUAUCUCCCGAAUCUUAUCAAAGUCGCAAUCAGCGUCAGCCAUGUCUUAGUGCGUAUCGAUUUUUUCUUCGAUAAAGAGGUGCCGGCCGAAUGCCGGAGAUUUGGCCGCAGUGACGGCCCGGAGGAAAAAGACCCUGUCGAGUUUCAAAUCGACGGCCCGGGCGGCGAGGUCAUUGACAGAGUUGAGCUUUGCCAGCAGUUCCCCGACGAGAGCCCCUUCAAUGUUAUACUAUCCCGCGAAGAAGGGUCAUUGGCAUGGUUCAAGCUGUCCACGAACCGCGGCAGGGCCUGUGAGUUUGGCACGAUAUCCAAAUUGGGGGGUGGGCCCAUGGUGGCAAGGGAGAUUGUGGCCGGUCCCGGAGCGGCAAUCACCGGUCUCUUUGGUGCCCAGUACCGCAAUCUUGCUUGUGGCAUCAACACGUUUGGCGUGGUAACUGAGCCACUUCAAAAGACCUAAGGAUUGGAGGCGACAGAUGGCCGUAGUUUCUGGAUGAGAUCGUGUGUAGAGGGGCGUAAGCCGUAGUUGGUCUGGAGGGGGCUGGUAAACGUCUGAGAGAUGGAUAAUGGGUGGCACUUAUUUUGCAAUAACAAAUGACCGACGUGGUUGUACGAGAAUAUUGUUCGCCUGAGUCCCGAGGUUGACGCGGCUUGAGCCAACCAUAUACUUUGCCACACAUAGGACGUGGGCCUAGAAAGGACAUGAGGC